UACAAGAAUAUUAUUUGUCUGGCCUUGGGCGUCAAAGUCGGUCUUCCUAAGAGAAGAUAAAACAAAUCAUAAUUCAAUAGAGGGAGGCGAGGCUCUCAAAUCAAUUGGAUUCUAAAAUGGGAAGUUUCUUCGACUCAAUCGGUUCCUUGUUCAGCGGCGGCGAUAAGAUCCCUUGGUGCGAACGUGAUGUCAUCCUCGAAUGUGAGAAAGAAGUUAGGAGCGCAACUGACGGUGACUCCGAAGACAAAAAGAAAGAGAGCAUUAUGCGAUUGUCUUGGGCUCUUGUCCAUUCCCGACAAGCCGAAGACAUCCAGCGUGGAAUUGACAUGCUCGAAGCUUCUCUAGCAAGUAGUAGCCCUCCUUUGCAGGACCGUGAGAAGCUUUAUCUUCUCGCUGUUGGUUAUUACCGUACUGGAGACUACUCUAGAAGCAGGCAGCUCGUGGAACGCUGUCUCGAGGUUCAACCUGAUUGGAGGCAAGCCUUAGCCUUAAAGAAAACCAUUGAAGACAAAAUCGCAAAAGAUGGUGUUAUUGGGAUAGGCAUCACGGCUACAGCCGUCGGCCUCAUAGCCGGUGGAAUUGCCGCUGCUUUGUCUCGCAAAAAGUGACCAACCACCCUUGCAGAUUCUGUGUGCAUAUAAUAAUAUAUCAUAUGCUUUCUUUUAUUUUAUUUUUUCCUUUUCUUUUGUCGGCUCAUAUGCUUUCUUUUAAGUUUUACUAUAGUGUUUCUCCGCGCUACGGGCAGAUUGUGUAUUUUUAAAAUAUUAUAUUAAAAAUAUUUUUUACAUCA